GCAAUCUUUCGAAUGACUGUCUUUCUGAUUCUACCCACAACUUAUUCGUACAUAUAUUUUACUCUCUAAAUUCAAUGUACCUUUCAAUAAUCGAAUUUUUAGAUGCCAAAGUAUAAAAAAAAAAUACCGAUUUGCUACCAAACCACCAAAGUCAUCAAAGUCAAGGAACCUUUGUCAAAUGCCCCUUCAGAUGUCGCCAAAGCACACGCGCUUCUUCGAUGCGCAGAAAUCGCUGCCAAAGGAUAAGGCCAAAGUUCAAAGGAGGGAAAGCGUUUACGUUGUUUCAAGUCAACCUCGUAGGAAACGACGUUAUGAGCCCGUCUGGCGGUGUCGCGGUGUCUGUGCCAAGGACGAUCACUUAACGGUGAUCACGGAGGAUCUUAAACGAAAUCCACCAAAUAAACCCUUUUUUACACCAUCUGAACUCGAUGUGAUUUGCUAUGAUGCCACCAAGGGUCCACCGAUGCAGUUCCAUGUGGAUGGCACAGACAUUGUGCCCAGUAUUCGAGGAUUGCGUCUCAGUGUCUGUGUGGAGAAUACGCGCUUCCAGUUGGUCGCAAAGGUGACGCGGAACAUGGGCUUCCAGCAUGUGCCGCAGCAUCGAUUGUGGAAUAUCCAGUGGUCCGACUGCACUCCACAUCAUGAUCUGUUGCGAAGCAUGAAGCGCUUCCAGCAGAUCAAUCAUUUCCCUGGAAUGGUGGAGAUAUGCCGGAAGGAUCUGUUGUCGCGGAACCUGAAUCGUAUGCUCAAGCUAUUCCCCGGCGACUAUCGCAUCUUUCCCAGGACCUGGCUAAUGCCCACAGAUGCCUAUGAUGUGGCCAUUUAUUCCAGCAAGCAUAAGCGCUCCUUUAUUCUAAAACCCUAUUCGGCGGGUCAGGGACGUGGCAUUUGGAUAACCACCGAUUUGCGCAGCGUGGACAAGCGGGAGAAGCUCAUCUGUCAAACCUAUAUAGAGCGGCCCCUGCUAAUCGAUGGCUAUAAAUUUGAUCUGAGAGUCUAUACGCUGGUCACUUCGGUGGAUCCCCUACGCAUAUUUGUGUACAAUGAGGGCCUUGCCCGUUUCGCAACUCAGAAAUAUGUGGCUCCGUCUCUGGGCAACGCUCACAAUGUGUUUAUGCACUUGACCAACUAUUGUCUCAAUCGCCGGAACUCCCAGUAUAUGGUGGGCAGCAGUCCGGAAGUUGGCUCUAAGCGAAAACUUAGUGCCUUCAACAAGUGGCUGGUGGAACACAAUUACGAUGUUGCGGAGUUCUGGGCCAGUGUGGACGAUGCCAUCAUCAAGACGAUCAUUAGUGCAUGGCCAGUGCUGAAGCAUAACUACAAUAUGUGUUUUCCGAAGCACGAUAAGAUCCAGGCCAGCUUUCAGUUGCUUGGCUUUGACAUUUUGGUGGACUGGAAGCUAAAACCCUACAUCCUGGAGGUGAAUCAUACGCCGAGCUUAAGUGCAGAUGAGACUGUGGACAUGGAGGUGAAGCGUCCUCUCAUCCGGGACACUCUGAACAUGCUCAGCACGGCUCUGGUGGACAAGGAGCAGAUCAUACGUGACGAUCGCAUUGAGCAUCGAACUAGACUCCUGAGGAACAUCUACAACAAGAAGUCUGUUGCCCCAAUACCCGGCUCCUCGUCAUCAGGUCGAGAGGCUGGUGGAAACAACGAUGUGCGGCAGUCCUUCUCCAUUGGUUCUCUUACCCAGCAAAUAGCCUGGGAGGAGAGUCACCUGGGCAACUACCGACGCAUUAUGCCGCCCCAGGAAUCAGAGAAGGUGCAAUACUACUGCAAAUUCUACGAUCAGAACAAGUCGUCCAUGUUUCAGGGAACACUCUCCAGUCGAAGACGGGAGGAGCAUACUCAAUUGGCAAUGCAAAAACUCCUCCAAGAACAUCGUGUACCCUUCACGCAAAAGCGUUUAAGCAAGCCCCUUCGUUGGCCAGGUGAUCUUAAAUCGGAUGUAGCUCAGGUGGAUCCGUUGAUCAAGCAUGUGAGACGCCGCCGCGAGGAGGAAGAGGCUCGUGCGAGGAAACAUCGAGCUGUGCUUGCCCGUGAGCUACAGAAACAAAAGGAGCAGCUAUUGGCUCCCUCGGACGAUCUAGGCGAUCGUUACAGAAGGCGUCGUGAGAAGCAUUUGCCAAAGAGGAGCAAUAGCACCAAUAAACCCCACCGAAGGAAGGCUCAGCGUCACCUGAGUCAUCGUGUGCGACACCAGCGUAUGCUCGAACUGGAGGCUCAGCAGGAUGCCAAGUUUCUGGAGCAGCAUGCCAAGAGCAGGCGACUCCAGGCAGGUCAGCUCAAAGAACCCCCAAGGGCAAAGAGCUGCUUCAGCCUGAAGAGCAAGGUCAGCACCAAGAGCAAGCAAAGCUCGAAGAGCAAACAGAGCUGGAAGAGCCUACAGAGCUCCGGCAGCAAGAGUAUCUUCAAGAAUGCCAGACCCCGGAUAAGUACCUCCAGUUUGGUGAGCAGCUCCAAAUGGGAAUCAGCUCAGCUGCUGGACAGUCAACCCCAACUGACCCAAUCCAUUGACUGGACAGCGGAUGAUAUAAGCGAUCUGGAAAGAGCUGAACACCUCAGCUGGCGACAACAGAGGACCGAACAGUUUAAUGACACUCAACUCAGGUCAUUGGCUAACCGCACAUCAGCAAUUGAAUAAAAUGUAAGCAAAAAUGUCAACAAAUCUGUGAGAUUUUCACGCAAUCUCCGUCUGUCAUGUGGAUGGACAAGAGAACCCCAUCAUCAUCGUCAUCAUCAUCAUCUUAUCUCAUCAUCAUCACAGAGUGGGGAUGCUGCUUUGCUGAUGGGGAAAAUGGGGGUAGUAGACAUUCCUCACUGGGCGUGCACAAUUGAAAUUUUCACCAUUGUACAUACUACGAGAGGUGUUUCAAUACCUUCAAGAAACCGCAAUAUAUGCUAGAUUUUAGUCUUUGUUUCUAA